AUGUAAAGACCAUUUAUUAGAGAUAACUAAAAUCUAUGUAACGGAGGUCCCCUUAAUUUGAUCUAAAAUAAGCACUAAAAAAUUGAGCUAAUUACCCUUUUGGAUAAAUGCACAUAAAUUUGCAAGGAUGAUAGAUUAAUAUUAAGGAAUAUGGUUAAAGAAAAUGAUUCAGAAGUUAUUUAGCUUCUUUUUAAGCAUAAAAGAAACACAGAUAUGCUUAUACUUUAGUCUAACUUAAGAAAAAUUGUGAACAAAUUCAAAAAUAAAAAGGGAGAACCUAAAUAAUAUAUCACUUUGCCUCCCUCCAAUAGCUUUAUAAAGCUGCCUACUAAUAACACUUCUUUUGAUACCUCUGGAAUCUUUCACAGAAAAGCAAAAAGAAGUAUUUCGCCUAUGGUCAAAAAUUAUAGUUCCAACAACUCUAGUAAUAUACUAACCAAUUAAACUUAUCAAACCACUUAAACAAGAGAUCCGUUAUCUCAGCUUCAUAAUUGUAGCAGCACAACAAUAAACCGUUCUGUAUCCUCUAACUAUAUUUUAGGUAAUCGCUCUAUGUCAAAUAUUAUGAUAGGUAAAGGAAAGCGCAUUCCUUCAAAAGAUAAAAUAAAAAAUCAAGAUGAAAACUAAAAUAAUAGCUACAUUUUUAAUACAAGCAGCUUUAUUUAGAAUCCUUGCAACUUUUCCAAUUUAGGUAAUGAUCAAUAAAUGGGUAAUAUAGAAAAUAAAAAUAAGUCAAAUAAAAUUAACAGAAUCCCUUCAUAAUAAUCUUAAUAAUUGACUAACUAAAACUUUUAGAUUUAAACUCAUCAUUCCCACUAAUUCAGUAAUGCAAGUAUAAUAGCUUAGUAAAAUCAGAAUAACAUGUAUGGAAAUUAAACAAUAAAUACAAUUCAAAACGAUAACUCCUAAAAUAUCAGCUACACCAACUUGAAUACUACUAAUUUAAAUUUUUAUUAGGAAAUGGCUGAAGGUAAUUACUAAUUCAAUUUCAGCGGUCGCACAUCCUUAAAUGGUGGAUCUAUGCUAAACAAUUGUUAUAACUAAAUUCCUUAAAAUUAAUAUUAAUAGCAGGAACAAUUAGAAAUUUUGAAAUAGCAAAAUGAUAUGACUUAACAAAAUAUCUUUUACUUAUAAUAAUAAAAUGCUAAUGCAAUAUAGUAAAAUAAUGACUCAUUUCCUUAUUUUACUUAGAAUAAUAACUAAAAUUAAAAUUUUAUUAGCAAUUCUGAUAAUAAUAUUUGCAGCUAAUAAGAUAUGCAUGCUUUAACUUUAGGAUAAAAUUAACUGCAAUUUUAUAAUUAAAACUAAUAAAAUAAUUAAGGGGAUGCUAAUAUCAACUAGCCCUUGAGUAGCAAAAGCAAUAGAUCUGUUUAGAUGCAAAACUAUAGCAAUCAAGCUAAUCAUUAUUAAGAUAAUGAAAAUUUAAAUGCUAACAAGUAUAGCAGCAGAUCUACGCCUCAAAAUGGAUUAAUACAGAACUUUUAGAUUGAGAAGUCUCCAGAAUUUUAAAAUGAUAUUGAAGAAGAUAGAAUAAUCUAAAUGCAAGAAAUUUAGAAAAGGUCAUUUUCCUAAUCAUCUCAAAAUUAAUUAUUUUAGUAGCAAGAGGCUAAUCGUUAAAACAAAAAUUCACAUAGAUAUGUUAAUAAUGGAUCUAUAGGAGAACAAAAUUAAAGCAGCAAUUCUUAAUUUUAAAAUAACUAAAAAGAUGAUUAAUUCUACAACUUUUCCAAUAAUAAUAGAUAAAGUAAUUAGUCGAAUAACCUUGAGACUAGUUUAACCACAAAUAAUAAUAAUAAUGAAUAAGGUGAAAAUGAUAGAAUUUAAGAAUGCUUUGAUGAAUAUAAUAUCAAAGAAGAUCGUCCACUUAAAGUUAAUGCUAUAUUGAAUAACUAUUAAGCACAGUAGAAAAUAUAAAACUAAAAUUACUAAUAGAAUGAUUAAAUCCAAAGAAGUAGCAGAAAUAAUUAUUCUGACUCUAAGAGAGAUUAGUCAAUACCUGAAUAUUCCCCGUUUAAACAAAAUUAAUAAAUCACUAAAAACUAACAUUCAUAAAGAACUAAUUAUUAGUAGAAUGAAGAAGAUGAGCUUGUAGAAGCAGAGAGUGUAUUUUAAAACAGUGAAUAAAAAUAUUUUUUAUCAGCUAAAAAAAUCCUCUCUUAGAAAAAAUUAUUAGAAUAAACUCUGAGAAGGAGCUAGACGAAAAAUGAUGAAAGCAAAAAUAUAGUAGAUGCUAAUCUCAAUUAGAAUAGCACAAUAUCUAACUAAAAAGAAUUUAAAAUUCCCACUGAAAGAAAAUGCUCUUAAUUUAAUUACGAUGAACAAAGUGAUUAAAAAUAAAAUGAUUAUAUUGAUACUCAGUUAAGAGAAAGUAGAAACAACAGAUUAUCAGAAUUAGAUGAAGACCCAGUUAAAAGAGCAAAGAUGUAAAGAGAUUUAAGUUGUAAUAUUUCUAACAGUAAAAAAAUAGAAACUUUUAAUCCUCCAACAGUUGGCAGCUGCAUCAACUUAGAUGACCGUUUAAUGAGCUCGAAUAAAAAAUAAAAUUUAAAUUAUUUUGGAUACAACAAUACUAAUACGAAUAUUAAUUUUAACUUAGAGCAGCUAUUAAAAUAAUCAAAUUAAAAUAAUUAGCUUUUAAAUUAAUAUGACAAGCAAGAUAUUAAUGAUAAUGGUAGUAGCUAUAAUAAAAUUGAUGUAUGUAAUCUAUCUGGAUACUCCAACAAUCUUUAUGCAACAUCUCCUUACAAAAGUGCUCUCAACAAUACUUUGAAAAAUAAUUUUAUCAAUUCCAAUAAUGUAAACAUGAAUUUAUGGAAUUUUGACAAUUCUACAACAAAAAGCAAUAGCGGAUAUUCAGUAGCUCAUUCUCUAGAAAGAAGAGGACUAUUUGGAAAUUAAUAAGAGUUGUCUAUUGAGAAAAAAGUUGUCUAACCAUAUGUAACAUUUAAGUAAGAAAACGUCCUAACUUCUCCUGAUUUUAUUAUAAGAAUGACUGAAGGUAUUAACACAAAAGAACUUGAAAAAUAAAUUUCUUAAAAUUUUGUUAUUCCUCCUCCACCAACUAUUAACAUAACAGCUGCAGCACCUAUAACUUCAAAUGGGACCACAUCAACAAUUACUACUACUACAACAAUAAUAACAAAUACACUUGUUAGUACAAAUGGCUAAAAUUUAUCUAAUUUAAAUACAAACUAAAAUUAAGCUUCUUCCAGAAGUAGCUCUACUUGCUUAGCUACUCCUACAGCAACAACUUUACCAUACACAAUACCUCCACUUAAAUGUCCUUUAGUGAUUACAAGUCAAUCCAAUCCUAUAUAAAAGCAUGAACUAAAUGCUCUCAACACACUUUCUCCAUCAUAUAAUAAUAAUUAAAUUCCAUAUAUUAAUUCUGCUCUUGGAGUGUCAGCUACAAAUCAGUAAAUUAAUAGAGGUAACUCAUUAAAAAAGGAACAUUCUGAUCUUUUAACUAAUUGGGAUGAGCUACUUAAACCAGCUGGAAUUAAAAAAACAUAGUCCGUUUUAGAAAACAUCAGUCCUGUAUCUAAUUCUAACAAAAGUGAUUAUGGACUUACAAACAUCCUCAAAACAGAUACUCCUUAUAAUGGAUCAAACAUAUUAAAUUUUAAUAAUUUUGGUCAAAGCUAAUUAACUUCUAAUUACUUUAAUCCUUUAAGCACUGAUUACACUAGCAGAUCUAAUAUAAAUACCUAUCCUAUUCAUACAACUAAUAAUAACAUAAAUAUUGUAUGCCAAUACAAUUAGCCUGAAGAGGAUAAAAACUAAUAAUGCAAUCAAAUGAAAAACUCUAGUUAAAUUGUUUCUUAAUCGUAACAGUUAUUUUCAAGAAAAGAAAACAAUAAUACAUUAUCUUAGAGAAAUGUCUUUAUGAAUGCUGAUUCUUCGAGAUUUGACGUUAUGAGAGAUGAUUUAAAUAAAAAAGACACUUCAAUUGAUUAUAUUAAUUAAAUAAAUAAAUAAACAUAUGAAUGCUAAUCUCCUGAAGUGAACGCUCAAAACGGAAUAUCUACAUGUUAUAACCCUAAAGAAGAUAGCGAGAGCUUUUAGAAAAAAUAAAGCAAUAACUCAAACAGAUACCCUUAAGAAAUUCUGAUGGAGGAAUCUGGUAACAAUAUCGAUGAUAAUAAUUUAGAAUUAAUGAAAGGCUACUAAAAUAAUUCUAAUAAUAAAAGCUCUAGAGUGAAUACUUCAAUAGAUAACUCAAGAUGGAAUAGAUAAAAUUAUCAUUUACAAGAUAGCAAUAUUUCUCCAUCUGCUUUAACUUCUAAAUCAUAAAGGAUAAAAAAUAUUAGGGAAAGUUGCGAGCAGUUAUAUGAAAAUGGCAUUUAAAUGCAAAAUACACUUUAAAAUAUGAAAAAUAGUGCAAUAAGCUAACUUUAAAAGUCUCUUGAUGCAAGUUAAUUAGCACUCCUAAAAUAGAACAACAACUCUGAAUAAAAGUCUAGUCAUAUACUCAGAAACUCUAAUAAUUUAAAUAGAGAAUCAUAGAGUUUAAUAGGUCUAAAAUAGUUACAAAAAGAAUAACAUAAAACUCCAAAUAAAAGUAACAGGACUCAAAGUGAAAGCAGUCAUACAACUCCUAACAAAGAGAAUGAAAAAGAAUAUUUAAUUGAAACAAACGCAAAAACUGAGUAUGAAAUUAGUGAUUCAAAGCCUUUUAAGUUUUCCCAAACAAAUUAUAAUAACAUUAUUCGUAGGAUAAGCAACAAUACGACAUCUGGAUAAUAGGAUUAUGAAAUGAACAUUCCAAAUCUCUAAAAUAUCUAAUCAAAUAAUAUUUUAGAAAAUAAUACAAACAUAUUAAACUAUGCUGUCUUGUAAGGUUAAGUUGGUAGUGAGAGUGGAUUGAAUCCUUUAGACAUCCAAUCUACCACAAAGAGAGAAAUGAAUCAUUUAAAUACCAAUCAAGGUAACUAGUAUCAAAGUUAAAAUCAAAUUUAUGAAGCAGAAGAAGCUGUCUAAGAUAAUAUUUCAUAAAUAUAAUAGCAAUCAAAUCGUUUGAGUGAUAAUAAUAGCGGAUCUAUGAAUUAUUGCUCCAACUAGCAAUAUUUUGAUUAAAAUAAUUAUUAUUUUAAUGACAUUCCUUCUUCUGAUGUGUUUUACAAUUAUAAAAACUAAGUAGAUGCAAUUAGAGAAGAGUAAGAUAACGAAAAUGGAAUCCCAAAUCUAAAUGAAAACAGCUAAUAAAGUGAUGAAGAAAAUAUAAACCAGUACGAACUAGAUCAAUAAUAGUAGUUUGAUGAAAUGAAGCUUUAAGAUGAUUAUCAGUCUAAUUAAUAACAUUUUGAUCAUUUAGAUUAAGAACAACAAGAUAUUAACUAAUAAAAUGAACAUGAAUAAAAUGAAAAUUACAAUUAAUUUUUGUUGAAUAUAACUGAAUAGUUGAGUUCAAAUUAAAUUUUUACUGAAGAGUAAAGAAGCUUUUUUAAUGAGAAGCUAAAACUUGAUCAGUUUACAUGUGAAGAAAUAUUUGAUGAAAUUUUUGCAGACUCUAAUUUAAACAAAAUUAGUCGUGCUUUCUUUAGAUUUAAAAUAGAAUAAUUAUUAUCUACAUGCGAUGGAAACCACUCAAGCAGAGAUGAAUGCAACUCUAAUACUUCAGUAGAUUCUCAAAACGUAGAUUGUUUCUUUGAUAUUAUUAAUUUCAAGAGAGACGGCUUUCUUGAUGUAAAUGAACUCGGAUUCUCUUUAGAAUAAAUUUGCUAAUAGUAAUCUCAAAAUCAAGUGAAAUCAGCUUUAGACUACUUAAAAGAAAGGUUAGGAAUCAGUCGUAGUUUUGUUACAUGCUAAGACAUAGUAGGAAUUUUUAAUAACUAAGAUGAAUACUAAGAAUUUAUGCAAUGUGUAGACAGCUCAUAGAAAGGUUUCUUUACAUACUGGGAUCUAUAUUUAAAUAAAAAUAAAUACCCAUGCUAGAGAUUUAUUCAAGCUUUGUUGCUGUGA